AUGAAUCCCUCACUCCUCUCGGAGGUAUUCUCAUUGAACGACUCCGUUACUUCGGAGGGUGACUAUAUGAACUCUCAUGUGACAGGGUUUGUAACGGACGAAGACGACAGUCAGCGAGUCGGAGGUCUCGUCUCCAUGCCUGACACCAACGGCGUGAGGUACCACGCACAGCAGCCUGUGAUGCAGGAUUUACAAUAUUCUGGUUCGAGUGCUCUUGCAAUGACUCCACCAGACUCUUGUCCCGGUAAGCUUUCUUAUGCUUAUAACUCCCCGAAAGAACUUCCUUUGACUGAUACAUUGUGGUGUUGUAAAGACUCAUUUUCGCCCACAUCUGGUCCCCUCUUCCCUCAUAUCUCUCGGCUUCAGCAUCCCUUCGAUAGGAUGGCAGACUAUCAGCGGGUGCCAGCGCUUCAACCGCCGACUGGAAUGCCUACCGGUAUGCAGAGUUCAGGGCAUGCCUUGAACUCCAUUCCAGCACUCAUGGGACGCAAUAAUUCCUACGGUUCAUACGCUUUACAGCGCGGAAUCGGAAAUAUCGGCUUGCCUUUGGGGAUGAACGAUCUCUCCCGUAGCCAUGGGUAUCCGGGCACUCCUCGCGCUUUAGAUAGCGGGAUGGAUCGCUCUCAGAAUAAUUUGUAUCAGCAACCGAUAGUGGAGUCCUCACAACGCUCACAGCCUCAGGUUGAGGCUCCUCCUUUCGAUGACACGACUAUUCUUCAUACAAUUGUUGCAGAGUUUGGUGGUCAAUAUCAGACAGUGAAACCAGAUGUCCAAGCAAAAAUGGGACGAGGCCCUUUUCCGGCUGAGGGCAAGUGGACUUGCUAUCGCCGCAACUACUUCGCAGUGACCUGCGGCUUUGGACUUAAUCCGUGGCCUCCCACUGCUCCUCUAUACAUCCGCUAUCCUGACCAGACCCUUGAACCAAUCCGUGGAUUUUCAAUGGCGAUUUCUGCUAUUGUGAACGGUCAAUAUGGAGAAACUCGAGAACUCGUCCAACACACCCCGAAGCGAGACAAGCAAUCCGAACGCAAACCAGGUCGUAUCGUUCUUCAACCUGCACCUCCACCCUCAUUCACGGCAACAUCGACGGUUAAUGGAAAUCUUUCGGGGUUCCCCCUUGGCUCGCAAUCUAUGGACUACAACCCUUCCUUCGCAGGGACACCUCAGCCGUGCCAGCCCCCAACGUCUCACGUGUUCGAACGUAUUCAAUUCCAGAAAGCGACCGCCAACAACGGCAAGCGCCGCGCCCAGCAACAAUAUUACAAUCUGGUCGUCGAACUGUACGCUGAGGUCGGUAGCUCGGUCCCAGGUGAAACUGAGUGGAUACAAAUCGCCCGACGCCAUUCCCACCCCCUGGUCGUCCGCGGACGUUCACCCGGUCACUACAAGGAUGGACGCCGUGGCAGUACUGGUAGUAUGGGACCGGAUGGGGCCGGCGGAGACAGCUGUGGUGUCAUUCCUCAUGGACUGGGCCAAACGGGUCGUUCACACAUGCUCAUGUACGACGCGUCUCAUCGAAGUGGUCUUUCUUACGGCAGAUCCGACAACCGGAAAAUGAAUGUUACAGACCAUUCCCCGCUCAGCGACAGUCCUCUUAUCUCCUCUUCUUCUUCUUCUGGGUUCGAGUACUCGAUGAUUGACACUAUGGAUCCCAUGGACACAAUCAAGUCCGACCUUUACCUCAAAUCAGACCCUUAUCAGGAUAAUACCUAUACAGGGGUUCCCAGCCACCAACACCGUCAGUCUAGUACUGGUGGAUAUGACCCCGUUUACUCGACAACUUAUAGCCGUUACGAUCCCAUCCAGAAUUCGCAUAGUUUAUGCACUUAG